UGUCCUCUGUUCUUCUUUUUUCUCGAGCUUCAAUCCAUCAAUGGCAGUGCUGAAGCUCAUCCUCACUCAGUCUCGCGGCCAUUGCCUGCCAAAACCCCCUUCUCUUUCACCUCCACAAUUUCUUCAAUUUCACAGAUACCUCUCCUCUUCUCAAUCCGAAUCCAGCCCAGAUCCUGAUUCUCCCCCCAAUGAAUCCUCUCCAAAAACUUCCACCCCUCGUUCCGCUCCUAUUCAGCCCGUUUCCUACGCCAUUAAUCCCAAGCCCCAAUCCGCUCAGGACCUCGAUUCCCCAGAAUUGAUCCAGUCUCCGCCUCCAAGCCCGGAGGGAGGUUGGACUCGCGAGGAUAUUCGCUAUAUGAAGGAUACUCCAUCUAUAGCUCCGGUGUCUUAUCCGUCGCGUGUUGCUCUGCUUCCAGAAGACAGGGUUUCGGCCGCGGGCGAAGGAGAAGAGAGUGUGGAGAGUGCGCAAAUGGAGGAGGAGAGGAAGAGAAUUGAGGCGGAGAUGCAGUGGAGGAGGAGGGUUUUUAGGGUUUCGGAAGAAGAUAAAGUUACUGCUCCAUUUCCAAUGCUGAUCAAGGUUGAGAAAAAGGAGCAGAAGGUGGUUCUUGAUUUGAUGGACGCAAUCCGGCAAGUGAAGGCUAGUACCAAGCGAAAUUUUGAUGAGACUGUUGAAGCACAUGCAAGAUUGGGGGCCGAUGCCAGGAAAAUGCAAGUUCUGGGUAACAUGACUCUGCCCCAUUCCAUUGGGAAGACUGUCAGAGUAGCCUUCUUUGCUGAAGGGGCUGACGCUGAGGAAGCAAGGGCUGCAGGAGCCGAUAUUGUAGGCGGCCUUGAACUUAUAGGAGAAAUUGCAACCAGUCGGAAAUUCAAUGUUGAUAAGUGUUUCUCAACCCCUGAAAUGAUGGCGCAUUGGCAAGAUUUCAAAGAUUUUGAGACAGCGUGGAUUGCUACCAGAUCCCUAGGUACUGUGACCAGUGAUAUCAAAGGGGCUUUAAAGAAAGCAAGAGAAGGUCACAUGCACUUUAAAAUGGAUUCCACGUCUAUUGUUCAUGUGGGACUUGGGAAGGUGAGUCAUUCAGAAGAGUCCUUACGAGAAAAUAUAGGUGCAUUUGUGAAUGCUCUUUUGCUUGCAAAGCCUGCAGGCUUGAAAAAAGCCUCAAAAUAUGCUGGAUAUGUAAAUUCCUUCCACGUAUGUAGCACGAUGGGUCCUGGAUUUCCAAUUACGAUACAAUCGUUGUCCAAAGUUGCAGAUCAAUACAACAAGAAGUACUUAAGCGGCGUGGUUCGAUAAUACAGGUCGUUUCGUCGCCAUUUUUUCAACUUUGAUUUCCCUUCCCCCAACUAUAAUUUUAUUGUCACAAAGCAUGAAGUUCCGUAGCAAGCCUUCGAGCCUCUUUUGCGCCAUAUUGCUCGUAUGAAUAUCAAUGUCAUUCUUCUUUUUUUUUUUUUUUAAACAAUAUAUGGAGGCGAAGGGAAUUGAAACC